GUAUCAGCUUACUGCUGUCUCAGAGGUAACGCAUGCAUGGAUGAAUAAGGGUGCAAAUGGCGGAUAGAGACAAACGCACACCGGCAUCACCUGGAUCUCCCUUCAGUGGCUUGCACAUUGUAUCUCCUCCCCAUUUCAAGCUGACCCAUGACAUCAGUCUGGAUGAGUUUGAGGAUGAAGACCUAUCUGAAAUCACUGAGAUUGCUGAUGAGUGUGGCAUGAGCCUUAACUGCAAUAGUCUGGACAUAAAGGGUCACAUGACACGGGAGUCCAAUAGCGGCGCAGGGAAGGCCGAUGGGAACGUGGCCAGCAAGCUGCAGGCGGAGAUGCUUCACUUGGACCUGAUCGAUGCUGUGGGUGAGAUUCAGGGCGAAGAAGCUGCACUACCCACCACGGAGCCCACAGCAAAAGAAAUAGCUCCCGUUACCAUGGAUACUUAUCGGCCCAAGAGACCCACCACCCUUAACCUUUUUCCACAGGUGCCUCGGACACAGGACACGCUGAACAACAACUCGCUUGGGAAGAAGUAUAGCUGGCAAGAGAAGGUCUCACACUCAUCAUCCCCACUCAAGACAGGAGAUCUGACACCCCCACAUGACCAUAUAUGCCUGAGCGAGAAGGAGAAGGUUCAGCACAGCAGCGGCCACACCAAAGACAAAGGCACCUCCACGGACGGCCCAUGCCAGAGGAGCUUGUCCACCCAGAGCAGUGGGGGCACCUAUUCCAAGGUACCAGACAGGCCCCCCCCGCAGCCCCCCGUGCAAGGCGGCAAGGUCAGUGGGGUGGGGGAGGCUCACCGCGAGCGUAUCCGCUACCACACGGAUGUGUGCCUGGAGCCCACUGAGGAGAUCUACCUAACCCCAGUGCAGAAGAACUCUGACCCCAUUGAGCAGGACAGGCCCUUCCUGUCUCAGCCCAGUGAGAGUAACCGCAUGUCUGUCAGCUCAGAUGCCGAAGGCCCCCCACCCUACCAGCCCCUCCCUGACCGAACCAACCCCUCAAUUAGUGAGGAGGAUGAAGUAAACCAGCUGGCCACCUCCACCGUAGCUGCCCUGGACGUUUCCGCACGGCGGCCGGGGCCCAGGAGGGCCAGUGAGGCUCAGGAUGACACCUUUCUAGGGGCCGAGGCAGGUGCAGCACGGACUUCCAUCAGCUCGGAGGCCAGUGGGCUCUCUUACGACUCGGUGAAGUACACGCUGGUGGUGGAUGAGCAUGCGCAGCUGGAGCUGGUCAGCCUAAGGCAGUGCUACCAGAGCUACAGUGACGACAGCGACUCGGCCACUGUCUACGACAACUGUGUCUCCUCGCCCUAUGAGUCGGCCGUCGGUGAGGAGUACGAGGAAGAGGAGACGAGCAGCCUGCGGCGAGACGCCACUUGCUUGUCUGAGGAUUCCACUCCUGAGGCUGACCUGCCGUUCUCCCGCAAGUUCCUCAAUGUCUUCAUGAACGGGCGAUCGCGCUCUUCCAGUGCAGAGUCCUUUGGGCUGUUCUCUUGUUUCAUCAAUGGGGAGGAGAGGGACCAGAGUCAUAGGGCAGUAUUCAGGUUCGUCCCACGCCAUGGUGAUGAGCUGGAGCUGGAAGUUGACGACCCGCUGCUUGUGGAAGUGCAGGCGGAGGAUUACUGGUAUGAGGGCUACAACAUGCGCACUGGGACCCGCGGCAUCUUCCCGGCCUACUAUGCCAUCGAGGUUGCCAAGGAACCUGAGAGCCUGAAAGAGCAAAGCAGUGACUGGGUGGACAAGUUCAGGGUGAAGUUUCUGGGCUCCGUCCAGGUGCCAUACCACAAAGGGAAUGACAUCCUCUGUGCUGCAAUGCAGAAGAUUGCCACCAACAGAAGAAUGACAGUGCAGUUCAAUCCACCCUCAUCCUGCAUACUGGAGAUCAACUUAAAAGGAGUGAAAAUCGUGGUGCAGAAUGACUACAGAGAGAAUACAUGCAGUCACUUCUUUCAGCUUAAGAACAUCUCCUUCUGUGGAUAUCACCCAAAGAACAAUAAGUAUUUCGGCUUCAUCACAAAGCACCCAGCAGAUCAAAGGUUUGCCUGUCAUGUGUUUGUGUCUGAGCACUCCACUAAGCCUCUGGCAGGAUCCGUGGGGAGAGCUUUCCAGCAGUUCUACAAGGAGUUUGUGGAAUACACGUGCCCAACAGAAGACAUCUACCUGGAGUAGCCUGCCUUGGUCCUCUCUAGAGCCUUGUACAUCAUUGUGUAUCAUAACUUGUUGCAUGAUGAAUCCAAAAGAUGAAAAUCUACAUUUAAAAAAGAGAAUGAGGCAUCUGCUUUCUGGCCAAAACAUUUUCUUAGAUUCAAAGCUAAAUUGGGCGCAUUGCUCAUUAUUAACACAUGGCCCAGUUCUUAUAAACAUCUCAGUAGGGAACAAGCACAACAUUCAAAGCACCGUUGUAGUAUUUCCCUCUGUUGAGUGGAUCUGGAAUAGAUUGGUCUAUCCAUACAUAAAUAUACACACACACACAGGUUUGUAAUUAUAUCUUUGUGGGGACUCUCCAUUCAUUUCACAAGAUAACCUUAACCCCUUCCCAGCCCCUAACCUUAACCAUAAGUAACCAAACUAAAUACGAGACUAGUUUUUUGACUGAAUUCACAUAUCUUUGUGGGGACCUGAAAAAUGUUCCUCACAAUGUCAAAAUAGCAGGUUUUUAUUACAUUGUGGGGAACAUUUGGUCCCCACAACAUAAUAUAAACAUAAUCCACACACACACAUGCACACCCAUCCACACAUACAUACAUGUUCUUGCAUCAAAGUGCUGAUAUACAAAGAAAAUGCUAGAAGCCACAGAUCAGAUGUCUGAUAAAAGGUCAUGGGCAAUUUUUCUGAAGGUUUUCUUUUUUUUUAUACAGUAAACUGUAAUGACAUCAGAUUAGCAGGCAUUUCCUUGGUGACCCAUAUUUGCACUUGGAUAAAGACCAAACAUGUGACAGUUUCUUUGAUUUUUGAGCUUGUGAUUCUCCUGUACUGAAUGUACGCUGGUUCCUGCCAUGUUUUAUUUGAGUUUAGAGAAAUUGGGGGG